AUGCGGCGAGGCACUCGAUUCGUUAGUGAUUCUCUUCAAUUUACGGGUACAGACUUGGGUGAUCGGGACAGCGGCACAUUUCGCCGCCGAACGUUUGACGCUUCGGAAGAUGACGGCGAUGCUACUUCAAAUGAAAGUGACGGCGACGGUGACUCGGACGACGGCGAGGACAGCGAGGACAGCGACUAUCUUGAUUUGUCGGGCUUGAGUCCGCAAGAGAGGGAAGAGGUUUUGGUUCAAUCGGCGAUGCGACGAAUAAGCCUGGCUCAGGCCACUGGCCAGGCCGAUGUUCAUCUAAAGCCGGAGGAACUCGAGGCUCUGGCCCAGCGACAGAAACGUAUAGAAGCGGAGGAACGGGCGGCACGCAGGAAGAAGCGCCACGGGGGGGGCAGAAGUGAUCGAAGGAAGAAGUCGGAGCAGCGCAUAGCCGUGCCACUUUCACAGCUGGCAUCGGCCUCGAGCAAAAAGAAAUCCUCACCACCACAACCAGCGAAGGUUCCCUCCGGACUUGAUGCCCUCUCGCGGCAAACGACAGGCGGCGGCGACGUACCGGCAGAUGGUCGUGACCGCCCAGGAUACCCACCCAUAGGAUACUUCCCACCACCCUCUGCGUCUCGUUCGCGACCUCGCGCCGGGACAAGCCUAUCGCAACGGCCGCCCAGUCUUGCGCACAACGAGUACGGAUACGGUUCCUCCAGAACACGCUCAGCAGUGGGCUCUCUCCGCGCUACUCAGCUCGAUCCGUUCCAAUACCAGACAGGGGGGCCGCGCGCGUCAGAUGUGCCAGGCACCGCGGCCGCCCCCUCCAGGCGGCACGCAUCGGGGCCUUCGGCGGUCAUGCGUGAACAGCGCCGGAGCACGUUGACUCCUCCUGGUGCGGCCAGGAGCAGCCACGGGUCGAGGCGGGCCAGCUACGGCGAGGACACGAGCGAAGCCGAGAGCUCAAGGAGCGAGGAGGACAGCAGCAGUGACGGUCGUGUCGAGCCGCCAAUUCGGGAGCCAGCCAACAAGCCGACUGGGGGAAGGGGGAGGAGUUCGACGAUUGUGGUGGAGAAGUCGCCUGAACGGGUGAGGAGUAAGAAGAAGUCGUCGUCGCCGGUGAAGCGGAAGCAAGUUGCAGGGAAGAAGAAGAAGUGA